AUGUCACCAAACGAUAUUCCUUCAUUAGGACUUAGCAUUUUUGCUAACUUUUUUUUACAAAUUAAUAGACGAAACAUAGGUCUGGACAAUGAUAGUGUAUGUGAAGUGAGGAAAUAUAUGUUAACGUUCACUGGUGAAUUUUUUGCAUUAUUUAAGUACUGUCAAAGUCUCAAGGUAAUGCAAGAAAGCCACAUUGAUGAGAUUUAUCAACAAUACCCAUCAAUAUAUAACCCUGACUUAGAUAAAAGCACCACUACCAAAUCGUCUACUGCUCGAACUCCAUCUCCAACUCAUGAUAAAAGUUACGACAUAUCAAAUGAAAAAGACGAUACUGGUCAAGCUCCUAACCGACAAAUUGCUAUGUCGAGUCCUUCACAUAAUCAAGUUACAUCAUUCGAAAAAUAUGAUGAACCACUUCAUGAAAGAUAUGAAGAAGAUUUGGAGAUAAAAAAACCUCCAGAAUCUGAUACCAAAGCUGGUUCCUUCGAAGACAAAAGUGAACCAUACGUCUUUAUAUCUCUCCUACUAUAG